AUGGUGGCCAAAAAGUACCUUUGCAAUGCUCCUCGUCAAGAAGUCUGGGAUGAAAAGGUGGAAGCCAUGUUGAAAUCGCUUCGUGGGACUAUGAAACAAAAACGUUCGUAUCUCCGAAAGACGUUGAAGGGAUUGCAGGCGGAACACGGCCAUGAAAAACGAAGCGGGCCUGGAAGAAAGUCCAAUGCUUACUAUGCGCUUACUUAUUUUGAAUACGCCUUGUACAAAGCUGGGGGAAGCAUGGACGCCAAUGAUAGCAGCAGCAAUAGUAGUAGUGAGAUUGAAGAAGUAGAAGAGGAUGCCAAACCAAAGGCAAAAUCUGGCAAGUCCAAGGAAGCGGAAGAAGAAAGGACGACUGGAAGCACGGAUUCUCAAGAGUUUCUUAGCGAACAUAAUGAUUUAUGUGACGUCUGUAACGAAGGUGGUGAAUUGCUCUGCUGUAGCACUUGCAAUUUGGUAUUUCACUUGGGUUGCCUCCGGCCGGCACUCGCAGAAUUACCCCAAGGAGACUGGUCCUGUCCCUAUUGCAUCUUGUCCGGAACCCCGGUUGUGAUUCCCGGCAAGACCAAAGAACACUCGGUCAAGCGUAAUUCGAAAAUGUGGAAGGCAGCCGCAGUGGGAGUCCGACAAAUGGGACGCUUGCGGGCAGUGGCCAACCCAAACGACGAAAAGGAUGAUGGCUCGACAAGAGACGGAGAUCCAACAACCCAGACACCCGCCAAGAAAAGUGUGGAAGAGGAGGAGGAAGUCAAGACACCAACCGAGACCCCGAAACUACGAGGGAAACGAUCCCGUCGUCAAGUCACUCUCUACGAUCCCCAAGAUGGUCCCGCCUCGGAAUGGAAAUCGGACGAAAAGUAUGCGGCUGGUCAAGCAGAGGAAGAAGAAAAAGCACUACAAGAAAUCAAAGAAAAAGAAAGAGAGCAUCAGAUGUCCAGGAAGCGAAGACGAAUGGAACGAAAGAAACAAGAAGAAGGAGAGGAAUUCAGUCAAGAGAACGAAGAGGAGGAGGACGAAGAUGGCGGCAGUACAGCUUCUGCCUUUUGCAAAUUCUGCAAUGAUGACAAGGCAAUUCCACUUUGCGUCUUUUGCGGAUGCCGUGUUUGUUUUGGCAAGAAGGACAAGGACAAGCUACUGUUGUGCGAUGGCUGUGAUGAAGAAUACCACACAUAUUGCUUGAACCCGCCAUUGACAUCGCUUCCCAAAGGAUCUGCUGCUUGGCAUUGUCCCUCCUGUUCCAAAGAGAAGACCACCACUAGGACUCACAAGACAAGACGAUCAUCAGGUGCCACUGCCAAGGCUGCUGCGGCAGCAGCGGCUAGCCCACCAGCACCUUCACCAAAGUCUGCCAGCAAACCCACUUCCACUGGACGGCCACGGGGAAGGCCGCCCAAGAAUGCCUCUGCCAAUUCUCCUGCCACUCCCGCUGCGACACCUACACCCAAACGCCGCGGUAGACCACCAAAGUCAGCCACCAAGGUCGCACCACCUGUUGUGGAGACUCCAGUACCUCGGAAACGAGGGCGACCACCCAAGAAUGCUUCCUCCACCACUCCGGGCAGUAGUGAUUCCAAACGAAAGCAAACUCCACCCAGCAGUUCGAAAAGGGCCCGAAUCACUCCUGCUCCCGCCCCGACUUCUUCUCCCAUUAGUGCUGCUAGAAAGGUGACGACACUGCCAUCCGUGGCUGCUGCAGACAUUGUGAGUCGAAGCGGUAGAGUACUAAAGGCAACGAGCAAACAGCAAGCCCGAACGGAACAACAGCAGCAACACCAAGUAGAACAAGAGAAGGCACAUGCCAUCAAAGAAAGGAACGAAGCCGCCAAGGCUCGGGCUGCCAGCGUGGCAAAGGCUGCCGAGGCGAAGAAGGCUGUUCCCGUUGCGCCUUCCGUUCAAGUGAAGCAAGCUCCACCGCAGCCCAAGCAACCUGUUGCAACAGCCGUGCAAAAGCCAGCACCACCCACUGCUCAAUCGACUUCAAAUGCCGCUGCUCCGACACCAAAGCCAGCAACGACUCAACCACCGAAGAAAGCGCCUGUCCCUGUGCCAAAAGGUGCAACGCAAUCUGGACCGGCACCUGUCGAACAAAAGCCAGCGGCGAUCCCACCAAAGUCCACCAGUGUGACAAGUGACAAGCCGCAAGGGAAUGAAGGUCCAGCAGCAAUUAAAGUUGCCGCUGCGGCACCACCACCUUCCGCUACAGCUGGCUCUGCUCCAAUGGUUGCCAACGCGGCUGCCAAGCCAGCCCCAUCAGCAGCCAUAGCAGCUGGAGUCACGAAGCCAGCAGCAACUCCAGUCACUAAUGCUAAUAGCAACAAUGCUAAUAGCAACAAUAAGGCUCCCACCAUUUGCAUUACGACCCGAGAGCCCCAAGGCAAAUUGGAGAUCCCCGUGGCACCCAUUGUGGCAGCCGUCAAGAAGGUGGUCGCUGCCAAUCCUCGUGCCAAGUUGGAUGUUCCAUCACUUGUCGCCAAGGCGAUCCGGCAAUCGGCAGCAGCAGCACGAGCCGACCUGGAGGACGAUGAUAGGCCAUCUUCCACACCGGCCAAGGCUCCUCGGCGCAAACCAGGUGCUCGAGAAUGUAUGCAAAUAUCUCGUCGAUUUGGAUUACGAGUCAUUCCACAAAAGUACAUGGACACUCUUUUGGAUUACUGUACCAGAGGAAAAGUGGAGCACUUGAUUCGCAUGCGGGAACGCUUGGAUGAACACUCGAGAUUUUUGGAAGCCCAAUUGGCAGGAUUGGAAGCAGUCAUUCGAGAGGUGGGCGAAACUGAUGUUGUCGUUCCAGCACUUCCAGAUCAACCGGAAAACAAGCCCAAUAACGCACCAGUAUCUCGACAAACUUUUUAG